AUGGGCGGGAUGCCCCUCGUCCGCACCUUCCUUGCCCUGCUCAGCUAUCUGAUUGCGUCGAUGGGAUUGCAAGCGUUGUGGAGCUUGGGACUUGCAUGUCUUGAUGGAUACGUCCUUCAAGUCAAAAGAGAUCUCAACAAUGCUGUUUUAGUGAGUUUAUUUGUUGUCAGAGACUGGGUCACCCAUCCUCGAGGAGCAGAAGGAGGGACGCAUCUAGUUGGCCAUCAAGGGCCUGCUCUGCUCCUCUUCCUUGACCAUAUAAGUCAGCCUCCGGCCAUGGCGGAUCUGCAGACGCCGCUGGUGCAACCAAAGAGGAAGAAGGUUUUGGUGGACUACCUGCUACGACGUACCCGACGAAUCCGCCACCCAAACCCAGGUACGCUUCGUCGCGAGGCUCUCCUCCUGGCUCCGCUCCUUGCUUCUGUCAUCUGUGCCGCCGUUCCGUUUGCCGGCGCUGCGGCGCGUUCGGCCCUUCGUCGGUCUCACCGGAUUUCGCUGUUCUUGCAGGCCCGCGGGUGCAGCUCGUACCCCUUCUCGUUCCCUUCCCAGCCGCCGGACAUCAGGAACUGGUUCUCGAGUUACCAGUACGAGUCGCCGGAGGUGCCGGAGCUGGCUGUUGACCCUCCUGCUGUCCACAACGGCAGCGAGACCCAAGACCCAUCGGAGUACCGGGUGGCUGAGCAUUCAUUUCUGAAACACGCCCCUCGGGAUGGCGGUACCGAUUUGAAGGGGGGCUGUUUGGGGAGCCAAGCACAAGCAGAACCCGCUGAGGUUUCUGCUAGAAGAGACAUCCUUCCGAUUGGUAGGAGCACGGUGGAACAGGGCACGAAAAGGAAGCAAAGUCUGCGGGGGCUGUUUGGGGCAGGUUUUCUGGACGACCAUGAAGAAGCUACACAAACUGAAGGCCGUGUCGUGUCGCCUGUGCAGAGAAGUGCAGUGGAUCCUCCGUGGAACCGCAACUGGGUGGGCUUACAGAAUAGAAAGCGCAGCCAUGAAGGCAUGGUUGAAUACAGCGAGCCGCCGACAGAUGGUGAGAGCACUUGUAUAGCUGAGACUCAAGCUGAAAGUCGAGUGGCGUUGCCUGUGCUGAGAAGUGCAGUGGAUCCUCCGUGGAACUGCAACUGGAUAGGCUUAAGUAAUGGAAAGCGUAUCCAUGAAGGCGUAGUUGAACACAGCGAGCUGCUGACGGAUAGUGAGGGCACUUGUAUAGCUGAAACUCAAGAAAACCCCCGAGGAGGUCAGGAGAUUUACCACAGAAAACAGCCAUUUAAUUGCGGCGGUACUAGCUUAGCUGAUAUUGAAGAAGGUUUCAUAGAAGAUAGCAUUGAACCCAGUAACCUACCAGUUAAUUCUCACAGCAAAGGCCUAACAGAUGCUGAGAAAACUGAGCAAACUCUGCCUGGGUUGUUUGAAGCAGGUUUUCUUGACAACCAUGACGAAGCUACUCAAACUGAAAGUCGGGUGGUGUUGCCUGUGCUGAGAAGUGCAGUGGAUCCUCCUUGGGACUGCAACUGGAUAGGCUUGCGGAAUAGAAAGCGCAGCCAUGAAGGCGCAGUUGACGACAACGAGCUGCUGACGGAUAGUGAGAGCACUUGUAUAGCUGAAACUCAAGUAAAGCCCCCAGGAGGUCAGGAGACUAACCACACCAAACGGCCAGUAAAUUGUGGUGGUACUAGUUUAGCAGCAGAUACUGAAGAAGGUUUCCUUGAAGAUGGCAAUGAACAUUGCAACCUGCCAGUUGAUUCUCACAGUAAAGGCCUAGCAGAUGCUGAGAAAACUAAACAAAGUCUGCGAGGGUUGUUUGAAGCAGGUUUUUUAGACAACGGUGACGAAGCUACUCAAACUGAAAGUCGGGUGGUGUCGCCUGUCCUGAGAAGUGCAGUGGAUCCUUGUUGGAACCGCAACUGGAUAGGCUUACGGAAUAGAAAGCGCAGCCAUGAAGGUGCAGUUGAACACAGCGAGCUGCUGACGAAUAGUGAUAGCACUUGUAUAGCUGAAACACAAGUAAACCCCCCAGGAGAUCAGCAGACCAACCACAGCAAACAUCCAGUUAAUUGUGGUGGUACUAGUUUAGCAGCAGAUACUGGCCUAGAAGAUGGCAUUGAACAUAGCAACCUGCCGGAUAAUUUUCCUAGUAAAGGCCUAGCGGGUAGUGAGAAGCCUAAGCGAAGUCUGCGAAAAUUCUUUGGAGCAAGUUUUCUUGACGAUUGUGAUGAAGCUAAUGAAUAUGAAACUCGGGUGGUGUCGGCUGUACAGAGAAAUGCAGUGCAGCCUCUGUCAAAUUGCAAUGCUGCAGGCUUGCCUCACAUCGAACAUAUCCGUGAAGGCACAGUCGGAUACAGUGAGCCACCGGCAGAUCAUGAAGGCAUCAGUAUAGCUGAAACUCGAGAAAAUCCCCAAGCAGGUCGGGUGUGUUAGACCUUUCAACCUGAGCAUUGAUAGUUGUGGAUGACACUAGGAGAGUUGGGACAAUUUUCGUUGGUUUAUUUCUCACACAAUGCCAUGCCAACCUGAGGGGUUGGGGAUACAUAUUUAUAGGCUGCUAGCCAGCCAA